AUGCAUCCUUGUGGUUACAUUGCUGAAGUUACCAACUUGUCUCCUCAAGCAACUGAGAAAGAUGUUCAUAGUUUCUUCUCUCACUGUGGAAUCGUCGAGCUCGUCGAAAUCACCGGAUGUGAAGGGGAUGAUUCGUUAACGGCAUAUGUAACCUUCAGAGAUGCGUAUGCUCUUGAUAUGGCCUUGUUGCUUAACGGAGCUAUGAUCGUUGAUCAAACGGUUUGGAUAUCGAUGUACGGUGUAUAUUUACACGAAUCUAACAAUCUCACACAAGAAGAAGAAGAGGAUAGUGUAACGGUCACUCAAAGUCACGCGGACGCAUUUGCUUCAUCGCCAGGGGAAGCAGUAACCGUGGCUCAACAAGUUGUAAAGACAAUGAUCGCGAAAGGCUACGUUCUAAGCAAAGACGCGAUUGGUAAAGCUAAAGCUUUGGAUGAGUCUCAGAGAUUCUCAAGCUCGGUAGCAACCAAAUUGGCAGAGAUCAGCCAUUACCUUGGCCUCACACAGAACAUUCAGUCGAGUAUGGAAGUCGUGAGAUCAGCGGACGAGAAGUAUCAUUUCUCGGACUUCACGAAAUCGGCCGUUCUUGUCACGGGAACAGCUGCUGUGGCCGCAGCCACCAUAACGGGGAAAGCGGCUGCUGCUGCAGCUACUAGUGUAGUGAACAGUCGAUACUUUGCAAAUGGAGCUUUAUGGUUCUCAGAUGCUUUGGGCCGGGCUGCAAAAGCAGCGGCCCAUAUGGGUGGUGGAGGAAGCAAUUAA